UGGGUGAGGAGGUUCCAGCAUGCUGGAGCGGCAGUAGAGCGGAUCAGCUGCCGGACCCAGCGGAACCCAGCGGAACCCAGCCGAACCAUGAGGAGCAGAACCGCGGGGCUCGUGCUGCUGCAGCUCAGCCUGACAGCCUGCUGCGUCUCCGCCAUCCACAGGACAGACCUGUUCCCCUACGGACCAAUCAACGGAGACCUGACCCUGCACGAGGGGGACGACGAGACAUCCCCGGUGCUGACCCUCACCAAGCCCAUGUUCUUCUACGAGACCGCCUUCAGCAACCUAUACGUGGCCACUAAUGGGAUCAUCUCGACUCAGGACCUGCCGAUGGAGAAGCAGUACGUGGACGACGGGUUUCCCACUGAAUUCCCAGUUAUCGCCCCGUUCCUCGCCGAUAUCGACACCAGUAACGGAAAAGGAGCCAUUUACUACCGGCAGACUGAAUCCCCCAGCGUGCUGAACCGGGUCGCCACUGAGGUCCAGAGAGGCUUCCCCGGCACCAUCUUCACCCCCACCCACGCCGUCAUCGCCACCUGGGAGAACGUAGCAGCUUACGAAGAAACCGGCCGAUCCUCUGAAUCACCCAGACGAGUUAACACGUUCCAGGCGGUGGUGGCUUACGACGAGACCAGCACCUACGCCCUGUUCCUCUACCCCGAGGACGGCCUGCAGUUCUUCGGCACGCGCCCCAAAGAAACCUUCAACGUGGAGAUCGAGCUGACCGCUCGGGUGGGCUUCACCCGGGGGGAGGUCCCUUACUUCUUCUUCUCCCGCACUGAGGGUCCGUACUACAGCGUGACCACCAACGAGCAGUCCGUCAAGAACCUGUACCAGUUGAGUAACGUUCAGGUACCCGGCGUUUGGCUCUUCCACAUUGGAAGUUCCUACACUUUCGAAAACGUGAUUCCAGCAGCGAAUGGCGACCAGUUGCCCACCCCUCUGCCCCAGAGGCAGAUCAUCGAGUUCCCCACCACCCCGGAAUACCCUGAGGUGGAUUACUCCGAGCCAGACGACACUUUCGGCGACGAGCAGGAGUACACCAUGGAUCCGGACUUCCAGAACCCCUCGGUUCCCGAGUUCAGUGAGCCGGAUCAGGAUCCGCCGCACCUCCAGCCGUACGGAGGAGACGCUACGCUAACCUCCGACCCUCAGACCCACGAUGCAGCUCCGGCUGUCGCCGGGCCUGAAGAGUAUCCCCCACCGGAGACCAGGCACCUCCAUCCUCAGGAGGUGGUGCAGCCCCAGCACCCCCAGCACCCCCUGCCCGAGCACACCCUGCUGGAGGCCUUCCCCCACGGGCCUGAGGGCGAGGUCAUCAGCGUGGAGGAAGACAUCAACUUCGACUCUGGAGUGAUCCAGUACAGUCCGGAGAACAGAGAGACGUGUGAACGCUACGGGCAGCAGUGCAGUCAGAACGGAUACUGCACAGAUUACUCAUCCGGAUACUGCUGCCACUGCCACGCCGGCUUCUACGGGAACGGCCGCCACUGCCUGCCCAAUGGAGCUCCUCAUCGAGUGAACGGGAAGGUCAGCGGGACGGUGAAGGUGGGAGGGACGGCGUUGCGGCUGGACGAUAUCCUCCUCCACGCCUACAUCGUGGUGGGCGACGGACGGGCGUACACGGCGAUCAGCGAGGUUCCCGAGCCUCUGGGGUGGGCUCUGAUGCCCGUGGCCCCCAUCGGAGGCCUGUUUGGCUGGCUGUUCGCCCUGAAGCUCCCCAACAGCCAUAAUGGCUUCAAUAUCACCGGUGCUGAGUUUACUCGCCAUGCUGAAGUGAUCUUUUACCCCGGUAAUCAGCGGCUCAGCAUCGUCCAGACCGGCAGGGGGCUGGACAGCGAGAACUACCUGAACGUGGACACCCGUCUGGAGGGCAGCGUCCCCUUCAUAGCCCCUGGUGCCUCCUUACAGAUGGAGCCCUAUCUUGAGACCUACCAGUACUCCCCCUCAUUGAUCACGUCGAGCUCAGUGAGGGAGUAUACGGUGGUUUCUGCUGAAAGUGGGGCGGAGACCUUCAGCUUCCAGCUCAGACAGAACAUCACUUACCGGGACUGCAGACACGCUCCCCGCAGCGCCCCCCAAACCCUGCAGCUCAACGUGGAGCGCAUCUUCGUCAUGUACAUCAAAGAGGAGCGCAUCCUCAGAUACGCCAUUACCAACAAGAUCGGCCAGGUCGGAGGUGGUGAGCAGGUGAACCCGUGUUACUCAGGUAAUCAUGACUGUGACACCACGGCUCAGUGUUUACCCGGCGAGGGGAGCAGCUUCUCCUGCCAGUGCGCCACAGGAUACACCGGAGACGGACGCAGCUGCUACGAUGUAGACGAGUGUGUGGAGGGGUUGAGUGUGUGUGGAUCUCAGUCUGAGUGUGUGAAUCUGCCUGGGAGUCACACCUGUCGCUGUCUGAGUGGAUAUGAAUUUGAACAGGACGGACGCACCUGUAGAGAUGUUGAUGAAUGCCUAAACCAGCCGUGCCACCACCACGCCUCCUGCUACAAUGUGCCGGGCUCCUUCCACUGUCGCUGCCAGCCUGGGUUUCAGGGAGAUGGCUUCCACUGCCACCAUCAGCAUGAGCGUCCUAAGACUCAGUGUGAGCAGCACAGAGACAGUCUGCAGAGAGGAGAUGGAUCACCACCAAUCGGAGCCUACGUCCCUCAGUGUGAUGAGCAGGGUCAGUACCGGCAGCAGCAGUGCCACGGUUCUACAGGACACUGCUGGUGUGUGGACAGCAGGGGACAGGAGAGACAGGGAACCAGGACCCCACCUGGAACCUCACCCUACAACUGUGACGCUCCAGAGCGUCCUAAGACUCAGUGUGAGCAGCACAGAGACAGUCUGCAGAGAGGAUCAGAUGGUUUAACCCUGGUUGGAGCCUACGUCCCUCAGUGUGAUGAGCAGGGUCAGUACCGGCCGCAGCAGUGCCACGGUUCUACAGGACACUGCUGGUGUGUGGACAGCAGAGGACAGGAGAGACAGGGCACCAGGACCCCACCUGGAAGCCCCCGAUUCAACUGUGAUGCUCCAGAGCGUCCUAAGACUCAGUGUGAGCAGCACAGAGACAGUCUGCAGAGAGGAUCAGAUGGUUUAACCCUGGAGGGAGCCUUCGUCCCUGAGUGUGAUGAGCAGGGUCAGUACCGGCCGCAGCAGUGCCACGGUUCUACAGGACACUGCUGGUGUGUGGACAGCAGGGGACAGGAGAGACAGGGCACCAGGACCCCACCUGGUAGCCCCCGAUUCAACUGUGAUGCUCCAGAGCGUCCAAAGACUCAGUGUGAGCAGCACAGAGACAGUCUGCAGAGAGGAUCAGAUGGUUUAACCCUGGAGGGAGCCUUCGUCCCUGAGUGUGAUGAGCAGGGUCAGUACCGGCCGCAGCAGUGCCACGGUUCUACAGGACACUGCUGGUGUGUGGACAGCAGGGGACAGGAGAGACAGGGAACCAGGACCCCACCUGGAAGCCCCCAAUUCAACUGUGAUGCUCCAGAGCGUCCUAAGACUCAGUGUGAGCAGCACAGAGACAGUCUGCAAAGAGGACCAGAUGGUUUAACCCUGGAGGGAGCCUUCGUCCCUGAGUGUGAUGAGCAGGGUCAGUACCGGCCGCAGCAGUGCCACGGUUCUACAGGACACUGCUGGUGUGUGGACAGUAGAGGACAGGAGAGACAGGGAACCAGGACCCCACCUGGAAGCCCCCAAUUCAACUGUGAUGCUCCAGAGCGUCCUAAGACUCAGUGUGAGCAGCACAGAGACAGUCUGCAGAGAGGAGAUGGAUCACCACCGGUUGGAGCCCACAUCCCUCAGUGUGAUGAUCAGGGUCAGUACCGGCCGCAGCAGUGCCACGGUUCUACAGGACACUGCUGGUGUGUGGACAGCAGAGGACAGGAGAGACAGGGCACCAGGACCCCACCUGGAAGCCCCCAAUUCAACUGUGAUGCUCCAGAACGUCCUAAGACUCAGUGUGAGCAGCACAGAGACAGUCUGCAGAGAGGAUCAGAUGGUUUAACCCUGGUUGGAGCCUUCGUCCCUGAGUGUGAUGAGCAGGGUCAGUACCGGCCGCAGCAGUGCCACGGUUCUACAGGACACUGCUGGUGUGUGGACAUUAGAGGACAGGAACGACAGGGUACCAGGACCCCACCGGGAAGCCCCCAAUUCAACUGUGAUGCUCCAGAGCGUCCUAAGACUCAGUGUGAGCAGCACAGAGACAGUCUGCAGAGAGGAGAUGGAUCACCACCGGUCGGAGCCUACGUCCCUCAGUGUGAUGAGCAGGGUCAGUACCGGCAGCAGCAGUGCCACGGUUCUACAGGACACUGCUGGUGUGUAGACAGCAGGGGACAGGAGAGACAAGGUACCAGGACCCCACCUGGUAGCCCCCGAUUCAACUGUGAUGCUCCAGUGCGUCCUAAGACUCAGUGUGAGCAGCACAGAGACAGUCUGCAGAGAGGAGAUGGAUCACCACCGGUUGGAGCCCACGUCCCUCAGUGUGAUGAUCAGGGUCAGUACCGGCCGCAGCAGUGCCACGGUUCUACAGGACACUGCUGGUGUGUGGACAGUAGAGGACAGGAGAGACAGGGCACCAGGACCCCACCUGGAAGCCCCCGAUUCAACUGUGAUGCUCCAGUGGUGCCCACCCAGCGUCCGGAGACGGUGUGUGAGCGCUGGAGGGCGAGUCUGCUGGAGCAUUACGGGGGUCGCCCCAGUCCUCAGCAGUACCUGCCGCAGUGCGACUCUGCUGGAGAGUUUAACCCGGUGCAGUGUUACGGAGACAGCAGCUACUGCUGGUGUGUGGACAGGGACGGCCGGGAGGUAGCUGGCACUCGCUCAAACGACCCCGUCAAACCUGCCUGUAUACCAACAGUUGCCCCACCUACCAUGCGUCCCCUGCCCCGCCCCGACGUGACUCCGCCCCCCUCAGGCGUCUCAUUGCUCUAUGCUCAAGGCCAGCAGAUCGGAGUGCUGCCUCUGAACGGGACUCGGAUGGACAAAGGCAGAGCUUCAGUGCUUUUAACUCUACAUAGCGCUAUAGUGGUUGCGUUAGACUAUGACUGCAGAGAGAGGAAGGUGUACUGGACGGAUCUGUCAGGAAGAACAAUCAGCAGAGCUGCUCUGGAGCCGGGAGCCGAGCCUGAGAUCCUUAUCAACACCGGUCUGAUGAGUCCGGAGGGUUUGGCGGUGGACGUGGCGAGGAGGAGGCUGUUCUGGGUGGACAGCACACCGGACAAGAUCGAAACCGCCAACCUGGACGGAAGUGGGCGACGGAUUCUGUUCAAUACGGAUUUAGUGAAUCCAAGAGCCAUCGUUGUGGACUCUCGAUCAGGAACUCUGUUCUGGACCGACUGGAACCGAGAAGCCCCCAAAAUCGAGAGCUCCACUGUGGACGGACACAACAGGAGGGUUCUGGUCCGGGAGGGUAUCGGGCUGCCCAAUGCCCUCACCUAUGACUCCACUGCCCGGCGAGUCUGUUGGGCUGAUGCAGGAACGAAGCGUCUGGAGUGUGUUGCGCCGGACGGAUCAGACAGACGGGUCCUCCAGAGUAACCUGAACUAUCCCUUCAGCAUGGUGUUCUUCUCCAACCACUACUACUACACAGACUGGAGGAGGGAUGGAGUGCUCUCUGUAAGUCGAGACUCACCUCAGUCCACAGAAGAGUACCUGCCUGACCAGCGGUCGCAUCUGUACGGCAUCACCGUCGCAUCCACCAGCUGUUUAUAAGGGAGGCAGUAAUAACAGAGCCAGGCUCAUAUGGUGCUAUUUUCGGGGGACGUUUGAGGGAGAGAGCAGUGGCGGCGACGAGGCCCUGGAGGAAAACGUUCACACAGCCAGCCGCCGUCAUCCACACCACUGCACACUUUACACAAGCCAAAGAAUGGUGACUUUUAUUUUGUUUUGUGUUAUUUUUUUUUACUCAGAAUAGUUUUGUAAAUUUGUUUUAUACCUCAUUUCUUUCUACUGUAUUUUUUAUACGUGUUUUUAUAAAAUAAAGCCAAAGAACCCCAAAUGAUCACCUGUAUGCAGCGCGUCGUGCGUGUUGUGUGUGUGUGAGAUACACAGCAGUGCAGUAUUGGAGUACUCGGUGCACUACGGUUAUUAAAAAAAAAAGUGACAUAAGAAAGUGCAUUUGAAUAUAGUUAAAUACUGUAUGUGUUUGUUUAAGAUUUUGUUUUUACCACAUGUCCUUUUUUAAUCUUUUUGUAAGAUGUGAUAUUUAUAACAAUAAAAUGUGAUUCACAAUUUGUCUACA